AUGUCCCUUCAGGUCCUCCAGAUCUCCGGCUCUUCUCUCCUGGCCGUCACACCUUCCGCGAACACCGACUUUGUGCGGCGAAAGGGUAUGGAGACGUUCACGACGCAUGGCAUCAUGAUGCAGAACCAUGUAUUCGGGGCGGAACUCGAGGACGAGUCGAUCGUGCUCGCUCGCAUUCACGACCUGCCAGACACCGUUCACGUGCUCGACAUGGUCAUCCACGUCGACAGUUCGGAGCGCUCUACCACAUGCACUCGGGAGCGAGCGACCGAUCCGGAAGACAUCCUCGACAACACCGUCGCCGAGCGGGAACAUUCGGGGCUGGUGCCAUCGCGUACUGGACACGCUCUUGGUGAAGUUAUGGCGACCGUCUUGGCGGACGAGGACUCGUUCAAGUUAACGUGCUACGGCCAAAUAUGGUUCUCUCCCGACCACGUCUGCCCUUAUCACCGGUGUUCCCACGACGCCGCCGGCACGGCCCUCGAAUGCGUGUUGGGCACGUCGGACACGGACAUCAUCGACGUUAAUGUCGACGUCGAGCUCGCCACCUGGACCGAUCCCGAUCCGCCACCUCCAGCUGGGGGCACCGGAGCGCGGCCUCGACGGAGCGCACCACGACGAUUGCGAACGCGCACCCAUGUGCCGUGCCGCUCCGAACCUGCCGGCCUGCGCGUCACGGUGACCCCGCGCAGCUCGUGGCCUUUAUGGAAGAGCAGGGGGCGGCCGUCAAGGUUUCAAACGUCGCCUACAUUGCGAUGGAAGCGCACCACCCCGCGCGAAUCCGACCAUCCGACCAUCGACCCGUCUAUCCCUCCGGUGACGGUGUCCACAACGCAGAACUGCGGGGCAGCGGCCGAAGUAUCGGAAGGCCCCGUCGCGUCGACGAAACACAACGCGCGAGUUCCGUCGGCGGAUAAUGCCUUGGGGGUGAACCUGUGGAGUGGUGGCAGCGCCGGAGGCGUGGGCGUAGAAGAGCCGAGGGGGUCUUCUUCGCCGCGUAAAGUCGCCGCGCUCGGAGUCGCAUCGCAGCACGGCUUGAGACACAUAUUCUUCGGCGUCGUAAAGGAUCCGGUUGUUGGCCAGACGGGGGUGAAUGUCUCCCGAAACCAGAUCGACGACGUGGAUGUUCCGCUGUUUGCCGUUCGAGUCGGAGCCUGGCCCUCGGAGGAAAUGGCUUUGGACGAUCAGAGCGUAAGUCUACUAUAUGCUCACGAGUCUAUGGUGCAUGGCGUCGACGACUUGAGUUUCAUCUGCGUUCUUAGCGGAGUCGACGCCGCGCUCCGAGUCUCGUACGACACCGUCGAGACGCGGACACAGGUCGCGGCUACUCGCGGAGUGCAUGUACAACGAGCGAAGGGCGUGGACGGGAAGAGGGAGGAGAAGGGAGAGUUCUACAAGUCGGAGCCAUGCGACCCAGCGGGGAAGGAGCCCAAGCCCACGCCCGUCCUCCCCACCGCCCCGUAUCCUCUCCAGACGUCGCACCCCGCAUGCUCCGCCGCAUGGUCUCCCGCGCAGUCUCCACUCUCGUUCGGGGGGCGGGGUAUGGGAGGCGUCCGAGGGACGCUCGUGGACUACGAUUUGUGCACCGUUGUGUCCUCCUGUACGCGUGCGCGGUGCAAGACGCGCUACCGCGCGCUCUGCCCCGCCUGCAACCCGUCCAACGCCCCCGGGACUGCUCUCAACCCCCGGGGCGCAACCUCCGGCACGGGUGGCUCGCCUCCUGUCGUGCACCAGCACGGGACGCCGGACGCCCAUCGCCGCGAGGUCGACAGCAGGGAGGGCGCGGUCCCAGAUGCGCGUCGCGUCGUAGGCCUUGACGAGGUCGGCACGGGCGCGAAACGGCCGGAGAGCUUGAGAGACUGUGCCUACGCCCUCGAUGGGGCCGACAAGAGGCGUGAGGCCGGUGCUGAGCGCGGGGGGUGGUACAGCGAUGUAGGAGGCGGCAGCGGUGCCCGACGACUUGCUGUCAGGGGAUCGGGGUGGAUCGGGAACGGGUGGCUGCACAGACCUUGGAGACUCCUCCCGCGUGAUGAGGACGCAGUGAUGGAUGGUGUAAGACUAUUUCGUGAACUCGCCUCGGGCUACUCUGCAGAAUGGUCAGCUUCCUCGCACGACCAGCCGCAAAACGUUACGUACACUCGCUGGCCGACUUUGAAGUUCGUGGCCUUCGCGCUAGCGGCGACGACGGUGCCGCCCGCUCGCGUUGAUGAAACCAAGUGCGACGCUGCCACGGAACUUCCAGCCGACAGGGUUGAGCGCGGUCGACUGGACCUCGACGAUCGCGUCGGUAUCAUGGGGCAUCGAGGUCGGGACGUCUUUGAAGCCGAGCUUGCCCCUUCAGCGACGACGAGGAAUUCAUGCAAUGUCGUUUCGGAUGUUGUGCGAAAGGUGUGGGAGAAGCUGGGUACGUAG